AUGACUGAUAAUCCCGGUGGUGUUAUGCUUGCUCUAAAUAUGAAGCACGAGGCAAAAUUCAUCGAAAAGAUCACCAAGGAGAUACUCAAAAGAUUGAAUCGCACUGUACUUCGUGUACCUUCAUACACAGUUGGAUUAGAGUCUCGAGUGAAGGAGGUUAACUCAUGGUUACGGGAUGAAUCCAGUGAAGUUGGCAUUGGGGUGAUCUGUGGACUUGGUGGCGUAGGAAAGUCUACUGUUGCUAAAGUGGCUUACAACUCUAACUAUGACAGAUUUGAUGGCAGUUGCUUUCUUGCAAAUGUCAGAGAAAUCUCAGAUAAACAUCCAAAUGGUCAGGUUUAUUUGCAAAAACAAAUUUUUGAAAGUAUUUUGAAAGGCAGAAAGGAAAAAUUAUACAAUGCUGAUGAAGGAAUUGUCAAAAUGAAAGAUGCUAUUGGCAACAAAAAGGUUUUUAUUGUAUUUGAUGAUGUGGAUCAGCUGGAUGUCUUGGAUUCACUUAUUGGGACAAGGGAUUGGUUUUAUCCAGGGAGUAAAAUUCUCAUAACGACAAGGUGUGAGAAAUUGUUGAAGGCCCAUGAGAGGCACAUGUUAUUCAAGAUUAAGGAACUUGGAGACGAUGAGUCCCUAAAGCUCUUUAGCUGGUAUGCUUUUACACAAGGCCACCCUUUAGAAGAGUUCAAGGUGCUUUCAACAGAGGCAAUACGGCAUUGCGGUGGGCUUCCGUUAGCCCUUUAUCGUUUGGGUUCCUUUCUUUCAGGGAGAGGUAUGGAAAUAUGGAGAAGUAAAUUGCAGAAAUUGGAAGCAAUCCCUCAUAGCGAAGUUCAAAAGAAUCUUGAGAUAAGCUACAAGUCUCUAGAUGAUCAUGACCAGAGGCUGUUCCUCCUUAUUGCUUUGUCUUUUGUUGGGAAGGACAAGGAUGAUGUUAUCAAAAUAUUAGAGAACUGUGAUCUGCACCCAACAGUUGGAAUUCAAAACCUCAUUGACAGAUCCCUCAUCAGCAUUAAUGACGAAAAUAAGGUGAUGAUGCCUCCACUUAUUCAGGACAUGGGGAAAGAAAUUAUUCGUCGGGAAUCACCUGAUGAUCCCGAGAGAUUUUGUAAAUUGUUGAACCAAUGGGGUCUAUCAAAUUACGUGACAGAGAACAAUGUAAGAUAUUAACUUUUCUAUUCAUGUUAGCUUGUCUUAAUAGAUUAUGAAGUGUUCUUGUUUCUCACACAAUCUUUCUGGAACAGGAAAACUGAUGCAGAUGGAGGAGACCUCCCAAGUGGACAUGUGUCGGAAGAUGGUCUUGUCCCAGAAGCUGGUCCUAAUGGUGCAAAAAGACCAUACUAUCAAGAUUUGCCAGAAAUAGCUAUUCUGCCAUACCUAGGUAAUUCGUUGAAAAGGCGUUUUGUAGGACUUCUUUCGACGUUCCCCUUAUCUGGUGGCCUCAAAAGAUUCUUCCCAUGAUGAGAGAAGUACUUGUGAAGAUGCCUUCUUCUUUUUCCGGAAAAAACAACAUUGUACUGCUUAAUCAUGUGGAGCUAGAAGAUACACAAGAGUACUGUGAGAGUCAGGUUUCAAUCAGAAUCAUUAUCUGAUAAAAUCUGAGCAUCUUUAUGCUUGGCAUACCGUGUUAGUUGCACAAUUUUGUAAGUUAAAGAGGUAUAUUCAGUCCUGUUAUUUUUUAUCAGCUUGGGUGGGCGAUAGUGUAAAUUAUGUUUCAUUAAUUCAUUGUACAGUCUGAAGGUCGUUUCUGCAAGCUUCAUAGUUUGCUUUAGCAAUAAUUCACUGGAAGGAACUAAAAUUGUAACCUGUAACCAUUCCUUUUUUUAGUCUCCAAAAAUGUUGUUUUUCCUCUUUCAUAUUUCUAAUUAGACAGCAGGGCUCAAAUAUGAAAUAAGUAUGCUAGUUUUGACGUAUGUAUGUAACUAAGUUCAAUUGCUGAAUUACUGGUGAUUCUAGUAUCUAAAA